AUGCAGCACGAAGGGGAAUUCGCUGCAGCAGCAGCAGCAGCUGCUGUCCCCGAUGCAGCAGCAGCAGCAGAAGCUCCAGACCUGGCUGAGCUGGAAGCCGCCGGAGAAGCAGCAACAACGGCUGGUUCUGUUGCGGCAGCAGCAGCAAACCCGCGGCAGCAAAAGUACAGCAGCUGCCCCGAUGUUCUUCAGUCCCCACGCAGCUUGCGCGCCUCCCCGCGCCGAGCAGCAGCCACUGCAGCAACAACAGCAGCAGCAACAGGCCCCUGGCAAGAUGGCAUGAGUAGCACCAUUCGACAGCAACAGCUGCAGCUAGCAGAUGCUUGCAUGCGGCUUGCUGCUCGGGCGGCACGGGAGGCGCAGACCGGCACUGCAGCAGCGGCAGCAGUAGGAACGGCAGCAGCAGAUCCACUACAGGCAGCAGCAGCAGCAAGCAGCAGCCUCCAUAUUAGCAGGUCCCUUGCAGCAGGCGGCAUUGCAUGCGUUCCACUUGGCGUCCGCAUGCGUGCUGCUGCUGCCUCCUUUGACUGCGACGCAGCAGCAGCAGCCCGAGGCUUUGCUGCUGCGUCCACUGCUGCAGGGUCGGCUGCUGCAGCACCUGUAGUCAGCAGAGCUAUCUACAGCAGCAUUGGCAGCAGCAGCAGCAACAGCAGCAACAGCAUACAACACGCUGCUUCUGAGUACGAAUGCUGCAGUACAGGGGCAGCAGCAACAGGAGGAGCAGCUGCAGACGCAGCAGCAGCACAUGGGGUUCCCGGGGCACCGGCAGAAUCCGCGGAUGAGUCAGCGGCAGCGUCAGCAGCAUCAGCAGGCCGUGCCGCCUCCUUUAGGGCGCGUCGCCGUCCCUCACUGGGUGCAAGCACGUCGGCUGCAGCAGCAUGUGUGGAGGCAGCAGCAGCUGCGGCGGCGGCAGCAGCAGAAAAACGACUCGAGUUUAAUUUGUUGCGCCUCAAGAGCAGCAGCAGUUUGCUGCUGACAGGCUCCGAUGUUCGUGUCUUGCUGCAGUGGAAGCAGGAAGAUGUGCUACUGUUCGAGCAGCACGAGCUGCUGCGGCAGCUGCACGAGCGGCUGCUGCGUCUCCAGCAGCAGCAGAGACAGCAACAGCAGCGGCAGGAGCAGCCGCCGCCUUCAUCGCCUCAUCUUGUGCUGCUAGACAGUCCUGUUUCCCUUAUUCCUCCUCUUGCCGCAAAUGCAGCUGCCGCUGUUGCAGCAGAGCAGCGGCAGCAACAGCAGCGCCGCUGCCAGGAGUAUCGCGUGCUGCAUGCGUUCGCCUUGCAGCAGCUGCUGCAGCUGCUUCUGCUGCUAGGUCUUCCUCGUUUUGCUGCGAAGCUAGCAGCAGCAGAUUUAUUUACGGAUUCUGGCCUCUGUGCUUUGGGGGCGAUAGGACAGAGGAGAGUAGAAGAAUGGGAAGCAGCACACGCAAUUGUUGCUGAUGCUGCUGCAGGUGCAGCUGAUCCUGCUGCUGCUGAUACUGACGCAUGUAGUCCCAGUUCGGCAGCAGCAGCACAGCCUCUUCGGACUCCCUCGGGGAAGGGUAUCUCUGCUGCUGCCGCUGCUGCAGCAGCAGCAGCAGGAGCGGCUGCAGCAGAUCGUUGCGCCAGUAGCAACACUAGCACUGGCUGCAGCAACACGUCGCAGGAACCUGCAGCAGCUGCUGCUUUCCCGAUGCACCCUGAUGCAGCAGCAGCUACGGGAACAAAGCCGGCAACACCUGCAGCUGCUGCUGCGGCUGCUGCAGCCGCAGCAGCUGAUGCAGCAGGUCUCAAGGGGGCAGCACAUGCAGCAGCUGUCGCAGCAGCAUCGGAAGGAGCCGUGCUCCGUUGCUGUGCGGCAGCAGCAAGGCUUGCUUCAGAGGAAAUAGGACUCGAUGGUGCAGCAAGCAGCAGCCGCGGCAACAGCACCAGCAGCAGCACCAGCAGCAGCAGCAGCAGCACAGCGUUGAAGGUGCCUUUGCUGCUGUCUCGUGUGCUGUAUAUACACUACCACUCGCUGCCUCUCUCAGCGCCUUCGGACUGGAUGUCGCUGCAAGACAUAGCUCACAUGCUCUCAUCUCCAAGCGAACCCUCUCUCGAGCCUGUGCUGCUCGUUCUGCUGCCUCGUCGCCUUAAGUAUCCUUGCCAGCAUGACAACUCCAAACACCCGGUGGUGGUUGGACAGGGGCAGGCAAUCUGUUUGGCCUCGCCUUUACUAGUGGAGGCUGUGGAGCUUGCUGCAGCAACAGAAGCAGCAGCAGCAGACACCGCAGCAGCUGGAAACGGAGCAGGCUCCGAGAAUGAUGGCAGCAAAGGUUCGGCAGCAAGGGCGCCUUUCUUGCUCCCAGGUGUUCAGUCACGAGCAGCAGCAGCAGCAGCAGCUGCUGCUGCUGCUGCAGGUCGUGGUGGUUGCACCUGCGGCAGCAGCAGCAACGGUAGCACCUGCACUUUUUGCAACAGCUCUGGCAGGGGUUGGCGUGUGAUUGGUGCUGGCGGAGGUCUGUUUCCGUGCAGCAGCAGCAGUAACAGCAGCAACAACAGCAGCAACAGGAGCUUGAUAUCGUUGAGCACGUGGGAGAACAGCUACCCCACAUUUUCUGUCCGUGGCUUAUUAAUGGUUGCACUGAUGGCCCACAGACACUUGCUGCUGAAGGCAGCAGCAGGAGGAGAAGCAGCAACAUUAGCUGCUGCUGCUGCUGCUGGCUUGCAUGCGAAGCAGCUAGUGCUGCUCUCUAAUGAGCCGCGGCUAAGGCAGUACCUCUGGCCAAGGCGUGCCCCCCAGCAGCAGCGCCAGCAGCAGCAGCAGCAGCCGCAGCAGCAGCCGCAGCAGCAGCAACAACAACAGCAGCAGCAACAACAGCAGCAAGUUGCAGAGGCACCGGCCGGCACCGGAGAGUCGUCGCCUGCUACGGAAGCAGCAGCGUCAGCGGCGGCAGCAGCAGCAGCAGCAGCAUCAGCGGCAACAGCAGCAGCGGCGGCGGCAGCGGCAGCAAUGACAGACACCGAAUUUGUGGGACGGCCGUCGCGUCUCUGUUGUGAUGGGUGCAGCCUCAUGUGGCUUCGCGUCGUGUCAGGCAGCAGCAGCAGCAGCAGCGACUGCUCCUGCUUCUCGUCUUCAGAUAGCAAAGGAGCGUCAUCGCCAAAGACGCACUGGACGCAGCAGCAGGAACAGCAGCAGGAGGAACAGCAGCAGCAGGAUUUGCCUUCUCCGAAUGCUGCCGCAGCAGCCCACCACAGUCAGUCGGCCCCUAUGGAGCCUCCCACGGCAGCAGCAAGGAGCGGCAGCCCGCGAGCAGCAGCACCGGGCGGUGCUGCUGCCAGCGUUCCAGUGCCUGCUGCUGUGGUGCCUCGAAAGAAGCGGCCACUAGCAACAGCAGCAGCAACAACUCCAGCUGAGGCCGGAGGCGCGGACAGCUGUGUCUGCACGCCAACGGGUUCAGGACUGCGCAGCAGCAAACGAUUAGCAGCAGCAGCUGCUGCUGCUGCUUCAACAGCGGCGCCUUCCCCCCUGGUUCUUCCGAUUGCAAGGCCACCCCCUCGCAGCUGCCGCAGCAGCAGCAGCAACGGCGUGGCAUGUCCUAGAGGCAGUGGGCAAGUGAAGACGGAGAAAACUGAACAGGAACUGCCAUCGUCAGGAGAGGCAGCAGCAACAGCAGCAGCAGCCACAGAGCUAGAAGCACAGCCAUCUGCGGGUGCGGCUGCGGCACCCGUGUGGCCGCCUCAGGAAAGUCUUCAGCUUGGCCCCUUGACGCUGCUAAACGUUCGCCAGUGGCUUCGGCACCUGUCUGGAGACCAGCAGCAGCAGCAGCAGCAGCAGCAGCUUCCGCUGAGUGCAGCGGAGAGCCAUUUGUACGCUGUUGCUGCGACAAAUCGCUGCGUGCUGCCCUCUGCUUCCUCCCCACUCUUGCUCUGCGUCACGCGGAAUGACGGGCUACCAGGGGUUAGCAACGGCAACGGCGGGAUCAGCAGCAACGGCAACAACAGCAGCAUUAGCAGCACCAGUGCAGCAGCCGCAGUAGCAGCUGCUGCUGCUGCCGAUGUGGGGUCCUCGGAGUUUGAUGCUGCUGCUGCUGCUGUUCUUGCAGAUGCUGGAGAUACAUCUGCCCCCGUGCAUGUCCUUGGCGCAGCACCCGACCCUGGUGCUGCGCACCAAGCAGCAACCACACCCGGGCAGCAGCGCCAGGUCGGCGAUGUGGCCACGAGAAGCAGCAGCAGCAACAGCUGCGGCAGCAGUAGUGUAGCAGCUCGGAACAGAGCCUUUAUGAUUCCCAACCGUCACGCUGUUAUGUUCUCCCUGCGCUGCCGCUGCAACAACACCAGCAGCUGCUGUAGCUGCUGCGGCAAAAACAGCACACGAGAGCCGCGCUGCGGCUGCAGCAGCACGAAAAGCAGCAGCGGCAGCAACCCCAUGAGGAUUGUUGUUGGCUUUGGGCCUCCGUUCCCUAUUAGCAGCAGCAUUCUCCUGUCUAGACACUCGGAAGAGUGGCGACUGCAGCAGCAGCUGCUAAUGGCAUUUCAUCUGCAGCAGCGGCAUCUGCUGCAGUCGCAAGCGGUGCCGGCGCGCAGGCAGCUCCAAGCUGUACAGCUGUCGCAGCAGCAGCAGCAGCAGCAAACAGCGGAGCAGCGGGAGCAGCAGCAGCGCAUGUUCCUCCUGCGGUCCAUGCUGCAGCAGCACCAGCUUCUGCAGCAGCAACAGCAGGCGCUGCAACAAGGCGAGGCUCGCGCCCUACAGGACAGCUUAUCUUUGUUCUGGAGGCAGCAGCAGCAACAGCAGCAGCAGCUGCUACAGCAGUACAUGCAUAGCGAAUUUGCUGGUUCUUGUGUGUGUGUCUAUGCACCGACCACCAUCAUGCUCCCUACCCAACAGCAGCAGCCCCAGCCGCAGCCACAGCAGCGAACCCAGCAGCAACAGCAGCAACAGCAGCAGCAGCUCAUGCUCGCCACAGCAGAUGCCCUAGGGAUCCGGGGGACAAGAGCAGGGGCAGCUGCAGCAGCAGCUGCAGCAGCAGCAGCUGUUGCAGCCCGUCAGCCCACAGCAACGGUAGCAACAGCAACUACGAUAACACCAGAGGGCGCUGCAGCAAACGCUGCAGCAACAAGCCCCGCCGCAGCAGGGUCUGCUGCAGCAAACCGUGCUGCAGCAGACCCUGCUGCAGCAGACCCUGCUGCAGCAAACGUUGUUGCAGUAAACGCUGCUGAAGCAAACGCUGCUGUAACAAACGGUGCUGUAACAAACACUGCUGUAACAAACGCUGCUGUAGCAAAUUCUGCUGCGCAAAACUCUUCAGCACCGAAUGCUGCUGCAGCAAAUGCUGCAGCAUCGGCAGCAGCAGGAGCAGUGAAUGCUGUUGGCCUUGGGGGCGUUGCUGGCUUUGGGCCAGUGCUAGCAGCAGCUGCUCUUGCUGCUGCGGCUGCCGCUGCUGCUUCCGUGCAGCCCAGCGAUGCUACUGCAGUUCCACCUGCUGCAGCGACAAAUUCUGCUGCUCCUUCAAGCCCUGCAGCAGAGAGGAGACGCAUGACACAAGCAGCAGGCGCAAGGCCAGGACUUGCUGCUGCUCUUCUGCAGCAGCAGCAGCAGCCACCGCCCCAGGUAAACUCCUUCUGCCUAGAAUCCUUCCGGCUGUUGCCUGUCCUUGCGUUGCCGCAACAGCAGCAGCAAGAGGAGGAGCAACGGGAGCGACAGGAGCAGCCGAUGCAGCAAAAGCAGCGGCAGCAGGAGCCGCUACAGGAGCAACGGCCGCGGCAGCAGCCCUCUCCAAGACGGCAGCACCUGGAGGGAAAGGGUGAGCACUCUGGAUCUGCUGCUGCAGGUGUUGCUGCUGUUGCGCAAGAGCAGGGGGAGCAGCAGCAAGAGCAGCAGCAGCUGUUACUGCAGCUUCGGAGGCUGCUGCAACGCAUGCAGCUGCAGCAGCAGAUGGUCAACGAGCUCGUGUCAUCUCCUCUAUUGCUGGACUCCUCUGACCGCAGCACAUUUCCCCCUUUCCCACUGCAGCCACAGCAGCAGAAGCAGCAGCAGCAGGUGCUGCAACAGCACUUUCGAGAGUCGGUAGCGCAGCGGCAGCCCAGUGCGCAGCCGUCGCGAGAGCAGCAGCAGCAGCAACAUCGCCGGCAGCAUCCGUUGGAUGAGGGGAGUCGUAGCCUGCGCAGCAACGGCAGCAACAGCAGCAAUAGCAGCAGCAGCAGCAGCAGCGACACUAGCGAUGCAGAGAGGCAUGCAGAGACAAGCCCCAGCAUCUGGAGCAGCAGCAGCAGCAGUUGCGCCCUCUGCAGCGACAGCGACAGCAGUCCUUUCUCGAUAACGAUGGUGCCUUGUAGGCCAUCACCGAGGGCAGCAGCUAGGGCAGCAGCAGCAGCAACACCAGCAGCGCCGGCACCCGCAGCCGCGACUGCUAAAUCUGUUCACGGCCGUCUAACAGCUUCUGCGCUGCUGCCGCUGCGGCUGCGGCAGCAGCAAUGGCAGGCGCGCGCAUCAGCAGAAGCAGCAGCCGCAGAAACAGCAACAGCAGCACGCGACGAAGACGCAGGAGAGCAAGACUCACCAAUUGAUGCCACAGCAGCAGCAGCACCAGCAGCAACGACAACCUCCACAGGCGGAGGAGCAGCAGGAACAGCAGCAGCACGAGGGCUUAGGCGGCUGCAUCGGGCUCCCCCUCCCCCACAAGCAAAGUGUCUUCCUACACCUGAGCCUCCCUCUCCUUUGUCUUUCCCUCCAGCAGCAAUUGCAGCACGCAAGCGGCUUGCUGCUGCAGUGCUUGCUGCUGCUGCCGAACUCAACGGUACCACCAGCAGCAGCACCAGCAGCAGCAGCACCAGCAGCCCUGCACCGGCUGCAAGCCCGCGGAAGCCGCCGACUUCGCCUUGCAGCAAAACGCAGGCUGCCGUCAGCAUCAACGACAGCAGUAAUUGCGGCAGCAGCAACAACGGCAACAGUUCUGCUGGAAUUAUGCUACCCAUCCCUCACGUUGGAGCUGCGGGAACUACAAAGCAACAACAGCAGCAGCAACAACAACCAAAGCAACAGCACAGCCGAACUGCUGCGCAGCAGACUGGCCGUCGCCUGCGGCGGCAAGAGCGCCAACAGCAGAAGCAGCAGCAACAACAGCAGCAGCAACAGCGUCAACGGCAGAUGCACGUUGGGGAACAGGCGCAGCAGAACCAGCUGCAGCGGCUCGGCGUGGUAGGUGAUAUAGGGAGGCAGGAGCUGCUGCAGCAACAGCAGCAACAGCAGCAGCUGCUGCAGCAGCAGCCCACAGUAGUAGUCUCUGUGUGCAGGCGCUAUGUCCACAUCCCUCUGCUACGGCAGCAGCCGCUGCUAACGUUCGCAGAUUCAAAAGAAGCAAUGGUCAACUGCCUCGGCUGCUGCCACCCGCAGCAGCAGCAGCAAGGGAAAAGACGCUUGGGGUUGUCCGCGGCUCUUCUUGGGGAAAUUUGCUGCUUUCUAACCAUCCCAGACUUUUUCGUAUUUCGACAGGCAAUUCAGUUUGUUGCUGCUGUUAGCGAGGAGGCUCGUCGAUUUAUUUUUUCUGUUGGGGCAUAUUCUAAUCUUGCCAAAUCUGUCUCCAGGGCAUUUGGCAGGAAGCCCGAAGUUGUGGUAUUAACUGAGGACCAGUCCAAUGCUGCUUUCCCCUCCGCGCACACCCCACGCCCCGAGGCACAGCAGCAGCAACAACAGCAGCAACAGCAGCAGCAGCAGCAGCAGCUGCUUGCCCUCAGGGGGCCGAGGCAGCUCGAACAGCAACAGCAGCAACAGCGGCGGCCAGAUUUGCAAAUCCAACAGGGGCACCAGCAGCAACUGCAACCAGUGCAACAGCAACCGCAACAGCUACAACUGCAACAGCAGCAACAGCAGCAGCAGCUCGUCCUCGACUCCGUGCAGCAGCAGCAGCCUGAUAGCUGGGCGCACCCUUCCGUGAGGCCUCAGCAACAAAUGCGCUCGAGGCAGCAGCUGUUGCAGCAGCAGCUGCUGCUGCAGCAGCUGCAUCAACCAGAGCAGCACCAGCAGUUACAGCAACAGCAGCAGCAGCAGCAACUCGAGUUAAUACAAAGGAGCGUUGCUUCGGCCCACCAGCGGACAUUGCAGCGGUUACAGCAGCUCCUGCAGCUGCCGUCAAUACGAAACCAACUGCAGCAACUGCAGCAACAGCAACAGCAACAGCCGCACGGAGCAGGAGGCAACCAGACGCUUCAAGAUGCGUUGCUUCUGCAGCAGCAAAUGGCAACACUGCAGCAGCAGCUGCAGCAUCGAGGGCUGUGGCACCCAGAAGUGCUGCUGCAGCAGCCGAUGAUCGUGCAGCAGGUGCGCAGCAUCUUGUCUCAGCCGAGACCUCCUCUUGCUGCACAUGCAAGUGCAGCAGCAGCAGGAACAGCAGCAGCAACAGCAGUAACAACAGCAGUACUACCAUCCGCUGGAGUUUCAGGCGCAGCAGCUGCAAAUUCGCUGCUGCCCCUCCUCCGUCGAUUUGCUGAUGCUGCAGCAGCGAACACUGCAGCAGCUCACUCGCUGCUGCUUCUGGAUAUGCCGGAGGCAACACACCAGGCGUUGCAGCCCGAACAGGAACAGCCGCAGCAGCCGCAGCAACAGCAGGUGCAGCAGCAGCAGCAGCAGCAGGACCCGGACGAACAGCAACCGCGGGGCCAGCCAGCACAGCAGCAGCAACAACAGCAGCAGCAGUUGUUGCAUCAGCUAAACACUUCCACGUCCUCCACUGUGGCAUCCCCUUUGCCCGAUCAGCAGGAGCAGCACCAGGCGCAGCAGCAACAGGAACAACAGCAGCAACAGCAACAGCAACAGCAACACCAGCGGCAGCCUCUGGAGGACGAAACCCUGAAUGCAUCCCAUGGCGCAGCAUCAGCAGCGGAAAGUCGCGCAGUGUAUCUACGGCAGCAGUUUGUGUUGCGCGGAGAGAGGCGCGGCCGAUUGCCAAUAACAACGGUGCAGCAGGAAGAACAGCAGCAACAGCAGCAACCAAACAGUCCGUCAGGGACAACAGAGGCCUCGCCAUCUCCGCGUAAUUCUCUAACCCCACGCAGCGACACGCAUGCAUUUGCAGCAGCAACAGCUGUUGCUGGUGCCGCUGCUGGUGCUGAGGAGGAGGCUCCUCCUCCUGUUGCCGCGGCGGGCGCUGUAGAAGAUGCGUCGUUGCCAACAGCAGCAGGUGGGGGCCCUCCAUCAACAGCAGCAGCUGCUGCAGCAGCAGCAGAACGGCCGUGGGAUGACCGCGUGCUGCAGGGGGUUUGGGGUUCAGCCGCUGGCGGCGCCCCGCCUCCCGAUGUAGCAGCAGCAGCAGCUGCAGCAGCAGCAGCAGCUGCAGCAGCAGCAGCAGCAACUGGGCAAAUGGCGCAGCUGGACGUGUAUGUUCAUGGGCUUACGCAAACCCCGCUAACCUAUCGAAUGCCCCUUGCUGUCCCGUUCAGGAAGCUCAUGAGGUACUACAAGGACCAAGCGGGCCUGCGGGAUGACGUCGUGGAGUUCCUCUGGAUAAAAAGAAAAGUUGUUACACGGCUGCUGCCCGAUUUGAGUCCGUUGGAUUAUCGCAUGCAGCGAGGGCAGUUGCAGCUCUUUGCUGAGGUUAGGCCAUCUUUGCAAUAUGCGCAAAAGGUUUGGAUUUCUCUCUUUAUUGAAGGCUCUGAGGAGGCUCCGUAUCUGCCGCGUUUGCGUUUCAAUGCCAGCAUGAUGACACCCUUCUCGCGGCUCUCUGAGAGCUACAGCAGAAAUGUGGGGGUUGCCGAAGGGGAUUUGCUGCUAUUUUAUUCUCGAGAACAGUAUACGGUUCAGAUAAACCUCAGCAAAUGCCCACUGGACUACGACGUUAGGGAAAAUGAUGUAGUGAAGGCGGAGUUGAGGCCAGGAGCUGCAGUGCCUGCGGCUUUAGCCGAGCAAUACGAGCAGGCGCAGCCCAUUGCUGCUGAUGCUGCUGAUGCUGCUGAUGCUCCAGUUGCUGCUGCUGCUGCGAAGCAGACAGCCGUCUUAGCUGCGGGUGCUGCUAGGGAGAUGAUUCCUUUGGGGGCAGCAAGCAGCCGCUCCCUCCCGCAGCGCUACAGGGGGAGGCUCCAUAGACGUCUCGGCAGCCGCAACGGUAGCAACAGCAGCAGCAGCAGCAGGAACAUAAGUAGCAGCAGCAGCAACCGCAGCAGCAGCAAUGACAGCCUCCUAAGCUGGAGCAGCAACCGUGCGUUGUUCCCUGUACCAGCACACAGCAGCAGCAAGCGAACGAGCUGCCUCCGCAGAUCGCAGCAGCAACAGCAGCAACAACAGCAGCAGCAGCAACCGCAGCAACAGCAGCAAGGAAGCUCGGACUCUGAAUCAGCUGAGGUGUAUUGGCAGCCAGGCCGUCGUCAGCAACAACAGCAGCAGCACGAGAAGCAGCAGCUGCUUCCUCGCGACUCUGCUGCUGCUCGUUCAGCUGCUCCUAGCACAUCAUCAUCAGCAUCAUUUCCUUCGUUAUCUUCGCAGCAAAAACAGCAACAGCCUACGCAUGCAUGCAAGGGUCUGCUGCAGUUGCUUCCUGUGUCUAUAGAGGGGGCUAUGGCUGCCACUGCUGUCGCUGCAUUAGUGGAGGCAGCACUAGGCUGGCGUCAGGUAUUCUUUUGUGCUGCUGCAACAGCAGCAGCAACUUCUCUGUUGCUGCUGUAUCUGCUGCCAUGGAGCAGCCAGAAGGCCAUGCGGUAUCAGCAGCAGCAGCAAGAAGAACUCGAAGGUCUCGAGGACGCCGCAACAGCAGCAGAUAGCCAGGAGCAGCAGCAGCGAGAGUUGGAUGAGGAACAGGAUCAGGAGUUAUGGGACUUGGGUAAGCAGCAACAGCUGCAGCACCAGCAGCAGCAGUACCAGCAGCAGCAAAUGCAAGUGCAACAGCAGCAGCACCAGCAGCGGCAGCUGCAGCUGCUGCAGCAGCAGGUACACUCCCCUGAUUGCCUCGUGUGCUUCCAGCCCCAAGAGGCUGCAUGCAUAGAGAUGGGGGGCACCGGAGAGAGCAGCAGCAUAGGUACAACAUUAGCCACCGCCGAGGUAGCAGCACCUGCUGACGGCUACGGCAGCAACAGCAACAACAACAGCAGCAGCAGUAGCAAUAGUCCUAGCAGCAGCAGUAAUAGCCCCAGCAGCUGCAGCAAUACAAGUCCUAUUCAUGGAUAUUACUACUCUGCUGCUGCAGCAUUCACCUCAGCCAUGACGCCGCGUGCUCCUGCUGCUGCUGCUGCUGUGGCGGCGGCGGCUGCGCGCGCAUCUGGAGGUGGUGCAGCGGCAGCAAGCAGAUGUAGGACUCCGGUGCUGCCCCCGCUGCAGUUCGAGGCAGCAUCUGCUCUAUCAGUAGGACCACCAGCAGCAGCAGCAACAGCAGCCGGACCACCUAGGGGACAGGGAUCUGCUCCCCGCUCUGCAACAGCAGUUGCAGCGCAUCAGCUGCAGCAGCUGCUGCUGAUGUUUUCGGUUCCCUCUGCCAACAGCAGCAGCAGCAGCAGCAGCCGUAGUCUGCGCCGAGUGACGCCGUUACGUUCCACCCGCAACAGCAGCAGCAGUAGCAGGUGCAGCAAGAGGAGCAGCAGCAGCGUGCGCCGUGGGAGCAGCAGCAAGCAGCGUGUCGGUGGGGUUUUGCUGCAGCAGCAGCAAGCGCGCACCCUUAUAUGUCUUGCUGCUGCAGCAUACUUCUUUAUUAAACUUAUUCGUUAUAGUUUGCUGUUGUGGCUUCCCUUCUUCCUUGCGCAGCAAGUGCAGCUAUCUGCUGCUGCUGCUGCUGCUGCAUCUAUUCCCUUCGAUAUAGGUGGCAUGCUGGGUGCCGUUGCUGCUGGCUUUGCUGCAGAUAAACUCUGCUCAGGGAGGAGACUCACGUGCGGUGCAACUAUGAGCCUCGCAACGGGGUUUUGCUUGCUGCUGCUGGCGCUGUCGUGUCAGCAGCAGCAGUUACUGAGGGAGCAGCAUCACGAGCAGGAGCUGCAGCAGCAGGCAGCAAUGCAGCAGCUGCAGCAGCUGCAGCAGGAAGCCGUGGUGCUGCUCGAACAGCAGCACAAACGCGCCCGCAUGCAGCUGCCGCUGCAGCUACAGCAGACGCUUGACAGAGUGCAGCUUCUAGAACAGGAGCUGCAAAAGAAGCAGCAAGAAGUGCAGCACCACCAGCAGCAGCACGACGAGAAGGAGCUGCUGCCGCAGCAGGUGCAGCAGCAACCGCAGCCGCAGCAGCCGCAGCCUGUCCAGCAACAGCCGGAACAGCAGCAACAAGUUCAGCAACAGCAGCCACCACCCCAACAGGCACAGCUGCAGCAACAGCAGCCGCAGCUGCACCACGUACAGCAGCAACAGCAGCCGCAGCUGCAGCAAGUACAGCAGCAACAGCAGCCUCAGCUGCAGCAAGUACAACAGCAACAGCAGCCGCAGCCGCAGCAAUUGCAGCAACAACAGCAGCCGCAGCAAAUGCAACAGCAACAGCAGCCACAGCAGAUGCAGCAACAACAGCAGCCGCAGCCACAGCAAGUACAGCAACAGCAGCAGCAGCAGCACCAGCAAGUACAGCAGCAGCAGCAGCCCCAACAGGUGCAACAGCCGCCGCAACACCAGCCACCACUGGAACUGCGGCAGGAGACACCAUCGCUCCAGCAGGUUCAGCAGCAACAGCAGCAGCAGCAGGAGCAACCCUUGCAGCAGCCAAUGCAGCAGCAGCUGCAGCAACAGCAACCGCAGCAGCAGCCUCUCCCGCAACAACAGCAACCACAGCUGACGCAGCAACAGCAGCAACCGCAGCAGCAACCGAAGCAACUGCUGCAGCAGCAACCUCAGCAGCAGCCCCUGCAGCAGCCCCUUCAGCAGCAGCAACCUCAGCAACUGCCGCUGCAGCAGCAACAACUUCAGCAACUGCCGCUGCAGCAGCAACAACUUCAGCAGCAGCCCGUGCAGUUCCAACAAUCUCAGCAGCCCCUCCAGCAGCAGCAACCUCAGCAGCAGCUGCAGCAGCAACCUCAGCAGCAGCUGCUGCAGCAGCAACCUCAGCAGCAGCUGCUGCAGCAGCAACCUCAGCAGCAGCUGCUGCAGCAGCAACCCCUGCAGCAGCCGCUACAGCAACCCCUGCAGCAGCAGCAACUUUCGCAGGAGCUCGCGCAGCAGCAACCUCUUCAGCAGCAACCUCUGCAGCAGCCGCUGCAGCAGCAGGUGCAGCAGCAACAGUUGGAGCAGCAACCGCUGCAGCUGCAACCUCAGCAGCAACCGCUGCAGCUGCAGCCUCAGCAGCAACCGCUGCAGCUGCAGCCCCCGCAGCAGCCGCUGCAGCUGCAACCUCAGCAGCAGCCGCUGCAGCUGCAACCUCAGCAACAACCGCUGCAGCAACCGCUGCAGCAACCGCUGCAGCAACCGCUGCAGCAGCAACAACCGCAGCAGCUACCAUUGCAGCAACCCCUACAGCAACAACAACGUCAGCAGGAACCAUUGCAACAACCUUUGCAUCAGCAGCAACCGGUGCAGCAACCACUGCAGCAGCAACAACCGCAGCAGCUACCCUUGCAGCAAACCCUGCAGCAGCAACAACCUGCUCAGCAGCCCCUUCAGCAGCAGGCGCAGCUUGAACAGUUGCAGCAGCCACAACAAGUGCAGCAGCCCCAGCAGCAGCAACCUUCCCAGCAGCCGCUGCAGCAGCAAGCGCAGCAACAACCUCAGCAACAAUCGGCAGUGCCUCUGCAGCAGCAGCAGCUGCCUAAUCGGCAGAAGCCCAAGCUCCCUGCAACAGCAUUCCCACGUAAGCUUGCAGCAACGGCCACAGGACCACAAGCAGCAGCAGCAGCAGCAGCAGCAGGCAUACCAGAUACGGAGGGCGAAGUGUCCUUGCGCGCUGUGAGAGGGGAGCAUGAGGAUAAGCAGCAGCCGCAGCAGCCGCAGCAGCUGCAGCAGCCGCAGCAGCAGAUGGACAAACUGCGUCGGGGCGAGCACCGCGGAGAAUCAGCUGCUGCAUUAGCAGCAGCAGCAGCUGCUGCUGCUGCUGCAGCAGAAGCAGCAGUAGAUUCAGAGGCGAGUGACCAGUCAGUUAAGCUGCUGCGACUGGAACUGCAGCAGCAGGAAGACAUGCGUGCAUUGCAGCAGCAGCACGACGAGCAGCUGUCAGCAUUGGAGGCAUCUGCUGCUGCUGCUGCUGCAGCAACAGCAGCAGCAGAGAAGCAACAAGUGCAUGUUCUGCUGCUCUGCAUGCUGCUUGUGGGGUUUUGUGUUGCUGCACCUGAUUCUAUAUUAGGUGCGGCAGCAGCACAAGAAAUUGCUGAUCUUCGUUCCCUUCCUGCUGCUGCUGUACCAGCAACAGCAGCAUUUAUUAAUGCUAUUGGCGCUAUAGGAGCUCUCGUACAGGGUAAUUUAACUGCUGCUGUAUCGGAGGCCUACGGAUGGGAUGCCCUCUUUGGUGUCCUUUGCACCUUUGCUGUUUUUAGUGGUUUGCUGCUGCUGCCUGCUGCACUAGCAGAACUUAAGAGGAAGUCGCUGCCGUAG